AUGCCGAGAGGCGGAUGCUGCAAAUGCUGUUCAGAUACUGAUUUACCAUCAAGAUGUGUUCCAACACUUAAUGUGCAAAUUGACUCUGGAAACUCAGUUGCAACACAGAGGAGAUAUGAUGGCGACAAGCGAAAACUUAGAAAUGACAAGGAGAGUGACAUUGGCUCAGGAAGUGCUUCGUGGCUGUAUGAUUUGAACAACCUCUCAGCUCUCAUAGCUGAAGCUGGACCAUUUAUCGAUAGUCCUUGUACUAAACAUUCUGCACCAGAAGGGAUUACAAGUGAACAGUCUGAAAGCAGUCGAACAAUAUCAUCCAACUCUUUUCCGUACAGUUCUCUCGAUGGGGAAGCAAAGACAUCCGCAGAGACAACUCACCAAGACCAAAACUCGGCUGACUUUCUUAGAAGAAAGGCAGUUGAGGAAAGGCUAACCAGGGCCUGUGAAAACAAAAAGCUUCAGAGGUCAGUCAACAAGGAAAAAAAUGAUGAUGAUGAAGGUUCCACUUUAUCAUCAGAGGAAUGGAGCAUGUUGCAGCCGCGUACCAAACGCAAGUGUGGCGGGCAUGUCUUAGGAUCACAGGGUAGGUUCUCUGAAUCAUCUGAAGAUGAUUUGGAUGAAAAGCCCCGGAAAGCUGUUAAAGUGAAGUCGAGUGAAUGCUCUGUAUGGAAAAAAGGCCAGGAUGGAAAAGCAUCGGCCGAGUGCCCAACAGGUGAUUCUACUGCUGCUACAGACUAUUAUGAUAUUGAAAAGGACAUGGCCAUCAGUGGCCGUCGGCGCAAAUAUAGUGGAAGUCGUAAGACACUAAUCGAUUUGAAUCUUGUGCCAUAUGAUCAUCCUCAAUCUGUUAAUGUAAGGGCUAUUUUGAAGGCGUUCAAAGAGCAAUGUGGAAAGGUUACACAAAAGUUGAAGGAGUUAGGAGUAGCUAGAGUUAGUUUAAGUCAUCAUGAUGUAAUAAUUAAGCGUCUCAGGAGAACGAAUAUGUGGUCAUAUCCUGAAAAGCCUUUUGGCCAUGUAGCUGGUGUUCAGAUUGGUGACAAAUUCCGGUUUAGGGCAGAACUUACUGCUGUUGGAGUACAUGGCCCAUUGAAUUAUGGUAUAGACUAUGUGGAGGUUAAUGAGACGAAACUUGCAACCAGCGUCGUAAAUUCAGGGCGUUAUGAGAAUGUGGUUAAGUCACUUGAUGUCAUGAUAUACUCAGGGGAAGGAUGUUACCAACAAGGUCCUAAAAGGGCUGAAGAUCAAAAACUUGAAGGGGGGAAUCUUGCUUUAAUGAAUAGCAUGAAAUUGAAAUAUCCGGUUCGGGUAUGUUUCAAGAAAAGGCAUUCGAUUACAAAAAAUGAAGGGAGCUGUGUAUAUGUCUAUGAUGGUCUCUACAUGGUAAACAAAAUGAUGCAAGAAAGAGAUAAGCAUGGGAAAUUGGUGUUCAAAUUCGAGAUGCACCGGAUGCCAUGCCAACCAAGACCUUACCAAACCAAUGUUAAGCCGGUAAAACAAAUGAAGGGUAAGGGGCAACCGAAGGACAAGGAGGUAUGCAUUAUGAGUGACAUAUCUCAAGGAUUGGAGGAGAGACCCAUCCGUGUAAUUAAUGGAGUCGACAAUGAUAGGUAUCCAUCUUUCACUUACAUAACAAAAAUGUCAUAUCCAUCUUGGUUUCACAAAGUUGCUCCCGUUGGUUGCAAUUGCACAAAUGGUUGCUCGGACUCUGAGCAAUGCGCUUGCAUCUUAAAGAAUCGUGGCGAAAUUCCCUUCAACGAGAAGGGUGAGAUUCUUAGGGUGAAGCCUUUAGUUCAUGAAUGUGGCCCAUUGUGCAAAUGCCCGCCUUCUUGCAUGAAUAGGGUGAGCCAACGUGGGCCUCGCUAUCAAUUGGAGAUUUUCAAAACCGAGAGUAGAGGUUGGGGCGUAAGGUCGAGGCAUUAUAUAAGUUCGGGGAGUUUUAUUUGUGAAUAUGUUGGGGAGUUGCUCCGAGACAAGGAAGCGGAGCAAAGAAUCAACAAUGAUGAAUAUCUCUUUGAUCUUGGCGGUGAUGGUGAGGCACAUGAUUCCUUUUCUAUUGAUGCGUUGAAGUUUGGGAAUGUCAGCAGGUUUAUUAACCACAGCUGCUCCCCGAAUCUUUUGGUCCAAAAUGUUCUAUAUGAUCAUAAUGACAAAAAGGUUCCUCACAUAAUGUUUUUUGCAACAAAAAACAUCCCUCCUUCCCAAGAAUUGUUCUAUGACUACAACUAUAAGAUGGGACUGGGAAUGUUAAAAUGA